AUGGAUAAAAUGUCAGUGGGAAUAGAGAUGUAUAAAAACAUGUCUAAUAACACUGAGGUCACCAUGUUUGUUCUAAUUGGCUUCACAGACCGGCUAGACCUGCAGGUCAUCCUCUUUUUGCUGUUCCUUGCAAUCUAUCUCUUUACCCUAGUGGGAAAUCUGGGAUUAGUUGUGUUAGUUGUAGUUGAUUCCCGACUCCAUACCCCCAUGUACCAUUUUCUUAGUGUCUUAUCUUUCUUGGAUGCUUGCUAUUCCUCAGUUGUCACACCUAAGAUGUUGGUCAAUUUCCUAGGUGAGAAUAAAGCCAUUUCUUUUUCUGGUUGUAUUGCCCAGAUGCUUCUCUUUGUUACUUUUGGAACUACUGAAUGCUUCCUUUUGGCUGCUAUGGCAUAUGAUCGCUACCUUGCCAUCUGUAACCCUCUGCUCUACACAGCCAUCAUGUCUCCACAAGUGUAUGUUCCUCUCAUCAUUGGCUCAUAUGUAGGGGGUGUGUCACAUGCCAUUUUACACACUGUGGCUACAUUUAGAUUAUCCUUUUGUGCAUCUAAUGUAGUCAGACAUAUCUUCUGUGAUAUCCCUCCACUUCUGGCCAUCUCCUGUUCUGACACCCAUGUCAAUGAACUGCUGCUUUUCACCUUUGUGAGCUCAAUUGAGAUCUUCACCAUCCUGAUUGUCCUGGUUUCUUAUGGUUUCAUCUUGGUUGCCAUUCUGAAGAUCCGCUCCACUGAAGGGAGAAAAAAAGUCUUUUCUACUUGUGGUUCCCACCUGACAGGGGUAGCCAUCUACCAUGGCACCAUCCUCUUCAUGUAUCUGAGGCCUACUACCAGCUACUCUCUUAAUCACGACAUGGUGGUGUCUGUGUUUUAUACCAUUGUGAUUCCCAUGUUGAAUCCCAUCAUCUAUAGCCUGAGGAACAAAGAUGUAAAGGAGGCAAUAAAAAAACUUUUGGAGACAAAUUCAUUUAAUAUAUCUUUUUCAUGUUAG